AUGGCUUCGACAUCGGAUAUCCAGCUGGCAUCUGUGGCUGCUGGGUUUACGCUUGGGUUCGGCUUCUUGACUGUCUGGAAAGCGAUUCAGCAAACCGUGAGAAACCGACGACCAUGGAAGAGCCCGUACAUCUACAUGGUUUGGGGAGAGAUUGCGGCCAACCUUAGCCUCGGCAUCAUUGGAUGGGUAUUCCUCGACGGCAUCAUAGGACCCUCGCUGCCCGUUCUGUUCUUCUUCUUGGUCUUAUGGGUAUUUGAGAUCCAACUUCUCAUGCAAAUCAUCGUCAACCGAAUUGCAAUUAUUGCCGAGAACGACAACACAGUAUGGAGGUUGAAAUGGGGAACCGCGGGUGUGAUUACCUGCAUCAACAUUGCAGUCUUUUGCAUUUGGAUCCCAGCACAUACUGAAACCCCAGUCAGCGAACUCUAUGUUCAAAUCAACGAGGUGUGGGAUCGCAUUUCCAAGAUCCUUAUCCUAAUUGUCGACGCCGGCCUCAACUACUACUUCUUGCGUACGGUCAAGCAGCGCCUCGUCAUGCAGCACGGAUUGAGCAAAUAUGCCCCCCUGGUCAGCUUCAAUGCUAAGCUGAUGGUGGUUUCCAUCCUGAUGGACGCUAUGCUUAUCGGUCUCAUGUCGCUGCCGAACCAAGUCGUAUAUAUCCAGUUCCACCCCGUCACUUACAUGGUCAAAUUGAACAUUGAGAUGGAAAUGGCAGAACUCAUCACCAAACUUGCAAAGGGCGAAAACUCUGACAUGAAGCAACCGUCCACAUCUGGCCACAGGACGCAAGCCCAUGAAGAAGAGGAGGAGCAAGACCAGACUCCCCACCAUUACAGGAUGCAGUCUAUCCAUAGGUCCAAGCCUUCAGCCGAGGAUUCUUCAUCCAUCGACGAUGACAUGGGCCAGUUUGACGAAUCCAAAGCUGCCAGCACUCGCGGGAUCUUGGAAGGAGGCAUUCAAGUGGAAACGGUCAUUUCUUCUCGGACGUCUCGUAAUUCGAGGAUUGCUAAUGGUGGAGCAAUGGGUAUGAAUCGGGGCUCGGAUGACGAGCUGCCUUUGUCGUAUCCUGUGAGGUGA